UGGGGUUGAUUAUAUUCUUAUGAUAUAAAUUAUAAUGGGAAGAGAUUUGAGAGAAUCUUAGCAUAUAUCAAAGGAAGCAUUCUCAAUUCUCAAACCCUAACAACCACUGUAUUGCAGAGAUUUUCUUGUUGUGGUAUCUAUUUUUGCCAACCUCCAUAAGAUAUAGCUAGCUACAUAAUCAUUCAAUUUUUCCACAUACAUAAAUUAAACUAAUACUCAAUAUCUACUACUUUAUUUUUAUUUAUUUCUUUAUUAUUAAACACCCUAUAGAAAUCCAGAAAAUCAUCAUUCAGAUCAGAUCUUGCAUUAUCUUUUUAUCUCAAUUCAUUGCACCAAGUCCAAAUCAUGGGAAAGGGUAAGGAGAAGGAGCUUCAUCAGGUAACUAUUUGGGGACUAGAAAAUAAUAAUAAUUAUAACAAUAAUAAUAUUAAUACUGAAGAAAACAAGAAGUGGAUGCAUAGAGAGACAGAAAAACAAAGAAGGCAAGAGAUGGGGAAGCUUUGUGCUACUCUUAGAUCUCUUCUACCUUUAGAAUAUAUUAAGGUAUGUAAUUACAUGUAUGAGGCUGUGAAUUACAUAAACCAGCUUCAGAAUAAGGUGAAGAAGUUGCAAGCUAAGAGGGAUGAAUUAAAGAAGCAUUUUUCUGAUCUGAACAAUAAUAAUGCAAUUCAUGAUGAUGAUGAAGAUGAAGAUGAAAGUAUUUUACAUCUUCCACCCUAUGUUGUUGUUCAUCCUUUGCAAGGAGUAGGUGUUGAGAUUAUUUGCAGUUACAGCUUCAAGAAAUGUUUGUGUCCCUUGUCAAGAUUGCUACACAUUCUUAUUGGUGAAGGGCUUAACAUAAUCAACACUAUUUCAACCAAAAAAAAUGGGAGAUUCAUACACACUAUCCAAUCAGAGGAUCCAAAUAUUAGUAGUAGUGCUGAUUACUCUGAGCUGCAAAGAAAGCUUACAGAAGCAAUAAUAUCAUCAUCUUCAAGUUUGCCAGAAACUUUGAUUAGACCUGAUGAAAGUUGCUUAUUAUAUCUUGAUUCUUGAGAUCAAAGGUGUGUAAUUUGGUGAGGUUUGUAGCUCAUUCCAUUACUUGUUAAGUUGUUAAAUAUUUAUUUGAUUUAGAAUAGGAUUGUAGUCUAAACUCUAUUUAAGUCUUGCUUGAAUUGUCAAUUUUUGUGAUCAUUCAGUAUCAUUGCUACUCAUGGAUAAAAACUUCACAUUCAUUGAUGUUAACUAUUUUUUUUUUUUUAUUCUCUCUUUCUGCAUGUAACUUGACAGUAUGAUGGAACUAAUGUGGUUAGAAUCACAACCUAGUUGGUAACACAAUUUAUGAAUUUAGUUUUUUAA